CGUUGUAUUAUUUAAUCAACUGAAUUUUUUUCUCUUUCUGUCCCUUUCUUCUCUCCCUUACCUUUGUGUGGAUUUCCCUUGAAUUCCUUCACUCAUUGCAGGAAAAAGUAGAAUAUGCCUUCCUGAUCAUUUUCACAAUAGAGACAUUUCUGAAGAUUAUUGCCUAUGGCUUGGUCAUGCACCAGAACUCCUAUGUCAGAAACGGCUGGAACAUGUUGGACUUCGUCAUCGUCAUAGUGGGGUUGUUCAGUGUGGUUCUUGAGAUGAUAACCAAAGAUGCUGACUCGGGCAGCCAGUCCGGGGGCAAACCUGGGGGGUUUGAUGUCAAGGCCCUCCGAGCCUUUCGCGUGCUACGACCCCUUCGCCUUGUUUCUGGAGUUCCCAGUUUACAGGUGGUUUUAAACUCCAUUAUUAAAGCCAUGGUUCCCCUGCUCCACAUCGCCCUGCUGGUCCUCUUUGUAAUUAUCAUCUACGCCAUCAUUGGCCUGGAGCUCUUCAUUGGAAAAAUGCAUGCCACAUGCUACGUGAUGCACACAGGCGCUCUUGCAGAAGAAGAGCCAACACCAUGUGCAGUAUCAGGGCAUGGUCGACACUGCAUUUUCAACGGGACAGUUUGUCGAGAGGGAUGGCAAGGCCCCAACAAUGGCAUCACCAAUUUUGAUAAUUUUCUGUUUGCCAUGCUCACCGUGUUUCAGUGCAUCACCAUGGAAGGCUGGACCGAUGUUCUCUACUGGAUGAACGAUGCCAUGGGCUUUGAGCUGCCAUGGAUCUACUUUGUCAGUCUGGUCAUCUUUGGAUCCUUUUUUGUUCUUAAUCUGGUUUUGGGUGUGUUGAGUGGAGAGUUUUCCAAAGAGCGAGAAAAGGCCAAGGCUCGAGGUGAUUUCCAGAAGCUGCGUGAAAAGCAGCAGUUAGAAGAAGACCUGAAGGGCUACUUGGACUGGAUCACUCAAGCUGAGGACAUCGACCCAGAGAAUGAGGAGGAGGGGGACGAGGAGGGCAAGCGUAAUCCGAGCAUGCCUGCGAGUGAGACUGAAUCAGUGAACACAGACAAUCACAAUGGAGAGGAGGAAAAAUCCCCAUGCUGUGGACCACUAUGUCAAAAAAUUACUAAGUCAAAAUUCAGUCGUCAGUGGCGACGUUGGAACCGUUUCUGCCGCAGGAAGUGCCGUGCAGCAGUGAAAUCUGUGACUUUUUAUUGGCUGGUCAUCAUCUUGGUGUUCCUCAACACACUCACCAUCUCCUCAGAGCACUACAACCAGCCCGACUGGCUGACUGAAGUACAAGAUGUAGCCAACAAAGUUCUCCUGGCAUUGUUUACCCUGGAGAUGCUGGUGAAGAUGUAUAGUUUGGGGCUACAGGCUUAUUUUGUGUCCCUGUUUAACCGCUUCGACUGCUUUGUGGUGUGCGGAGGGAUCGUGGAGACCAUCCUGGUGGAGCUUGCCAUCAUGUCUCCUCUGGGCAUUUCUGUUCUCCGCUGUGUUCGCCUCCUUAGAAUCUUCAAGGUUACUCGUCAUUGGGCAUCGCUUAGUAACCUGGUGGCCUCGCUGCUCAACUCCAUGAAGUCCAUCGCUUCCUUGUUGCUCCUGCUCUUCCUCUUCAUUAUUAUUUUCUCCCUGCUUGGCAUGCAACUCUUUGGGGGCAAGUUCAACUUCGAUGAGACCGUGACCAAAAGAAGCACAUUUGACAACUUCCCCCAGGCCCUGCUCACUGUGUUUCAGAUCCUGACAGGCGAGGACUGGAACACCGUCAUGUAUGAUGGUAUCAUGGCAUAUGGUGGUCCAGCAUCCUCUGGAAUGGUAGUCUGCAUUUACUUCAUCAUCCUCUUCAUCUGUGGAAAUUACAUCCUUCUGAAUGUCUUCUUGGCCAUUGCUGUUGAUAACCUGGCUGAUGCAGAGAGCCUCAACACGGCCCAGAAGGAGGAAGAAGAAGCCAAGAAAAGGAAAAAUAGUGCCAAUCCCUCUGUUCUACUUCCCUGUGUCACUAAAAGGGGAGCAAGCGUAGACAAGAGGAGAGUUGAAAUAACUGAAGCAAAGGAUGGUGAUGCAAAGGUGCCGACAGAAGCUCUGUUAGAGGGAGAAAAAGAGGGGUAUCCUGCCAUCGACUUUCCAGGUGAAGCAGAAGAUGAUGACAAUCAUGACAACCUCCCAGAAGUCCCCUCAGGGCCCCGCCCUCAGCGGAUUUCUGAACUCAGUAUCAAGGAAAAGACGCCGCCAAUCCCAGAAGGCAGCGCCUUCUUUAUCUUUAGCAGCACCAACCCGUUCCGCGUACUCUGCCAUAAGCUUAUCAAUCACCAUAUCUUCACCAACCUCAUUCUAGUCUUCAUCAUGCUCAGCUCUGUAUCCCUGGCUGCCGAGGACCCCAUUCGCAACUUCUCAGCUCGCAAUAUUAUACUUGGUUAUUUUGACUAUGCUUUCACCGCAAUCUUUACUGUUGAGAUCCUGUUGAAGAUCCUAGGCUAUGCAGACUAUGUCUUCACUAGUAUGUUUACAUUUGAGAUCCUUGUUAAGAUGACGGCGUUCGGAGCGUUCCUUCAUAAGGGGGCGUUCUGUCGGAACUACUUCAACUUAUUAGACCUGCUGGUUGUUGGUGUUUCGCUGGUGUCCUUUGGCAUCCAGUCUUCCGCCAUCUCAGUAGUGAAGAUCCUUCGUGUUCUGCGAGUUCUUCGCCCACUCAGGGCGAUCAACAGGGCCAAAGGCCUCAAGCAUGUGGUUCAGUGCGUGUUUGUAGCGAUCAGGACCAUCGGCAACAUCAUGAUCGUCACCACGCUGCUCCAGUUUAUGUUCGCUUGCAUCGGCGUGCAGCUCUUCAAGGGUAAAUUCUAUCGCUGCACAGAUGAUGCAAAGUCGAGCCCAGAUGAGUGCAAAGUUUGUGGCUCACAGGCAUUUUUAAAUCUAAGGGGUACAUACAUUCUCUACAACAAUGGGGACACUGCCCUGCCCAUGGUGAAGGAGAGGAUCUGGUACAACAGUGACUUCAACUUUGACAAUGUCCUCAUGGCCAUGAUGGCUCUCUUCACCGUCUCAACUUUCGAAGGGUGGCCCACUCUAUUAUACAAAGCCAUUGAUUCAAAUAGGGAGAACAUGGGCCCUAUCUACAACUACCGGAUUGAGAUCUCCAUCUUCUUCAUUAUCUACAUCAUCAUCAUCGCCUUCUUCAUGAUGAACAUCUUUGUCGGUUUCGUGAUUGUCACCUUUCAGGAGCAGGGAGAGAAGGAGUACAAAAACUGUGAGCUGGAUAAGAACCAGCGCCAGUGUGUGGAGUACGCACUGAAAGCACGCCCCCUGCGGCGCUACAUUCCUAAAAACCCUUACCAGUACAAGUUCUGGUAUGUGGUAAACUCCACCGGCUUUGAGUACGUCAUGUUUGUCCUCAUCAUCCUCAACACUCUGUGUCUGGCCAUUCAGCACCAUGGACAAUCGCAUCUGUUUAACUAUGCCAUGGACAUCCUCAACAUGGUCUUCACUGGUGUAUUCACAGUAGAGAUGAUAUUCAAGCUGAUUGCUUUCAAACCCAGAGGCUAUGUCGGGGACGCCUGGAACGUCUUCGAUGCCCUGGUGGUGAUUGGCAGUGUAGUCGACAUCAUACUCAGCCAGAACUAUUUUGCUGAUGCAUGGAACACGUUUGAUGCCUUAAUUGUUGUGGGUAGUGUGGUUGACAUUGCCAUCACUGAAAUCAAUUCGGCAGCCAUUCCUGUUGUCAAGGUGAUAGUGGAGCCAGGGAACACAGAGGACAGUGCUCGCAUCUCCAUCACCUUCUUCCGCCUGUUCAGGGUGAUGCGAUUGGUUAAACUGCUGAGCAGGGGGGAGGGAAUCCGGACUCUACUGUGGACCUUUAUUAAGUCCUUCCAGGCUCUUCCUUACGUUGCCCUUCUGAUAGCCAUGCUGUUUUUCAUCUAUGCUGUUAUUGGAAUGCAGGUGUUUGGUAAAAUAGCAAUGGUGGACGGAACACAAAUUAAUCGCAACAACAACUUUCAAACCUUUCCCCAAGCUGUCCUGAUGCUCUUCAGGUGUGCCACGGGGGAAGCGUGGCAGGAGAUCAUGCUGGCCUGUCUCCCGGGGAAGCUGUGUGACUCAGAGUCCGACUACAACCCUGGAGAGGAGAGAACCUGCGGCAGCGGCUUCGCUAUAAUCUACUUCAUCAGCUUCUACAUGCUCUGCGCUUUCCUGAUCAUUAAUCUCUUCGUUGCUGUCAUCAUGGACAACUUCGAUUACCUGACUCGUGAUUGGUCCAUUCUUGGACCGCAUCACCUUGAUGAGUUCAAAAGGAUUUGGUCAGAAUAUGAUCCUGAAGCCAAAGGUAGGAUAAAACAUCUAGAUGUUGUAACUCUGCUGAGGAGGAUCCAGCCGCCUUUGGGUUUCGGCAAACUGUGCCCUCACAGAGUGGCCUGCAAGCGACUGGUAGCGAUGAACAUGCCUCUCAACAGUGAUGGAACUGUAAUGUUCAACGCCACGCUGUUUGCUUUGGUUCGUACUGCUCUCAAGAUCAAGACGGAGGGUAACUUGGAGCAAGCCAAUGAAGAGUUAAGAGCAGUGAUCAAAAAGAUCUGGAAGAGGACGAGCAUGAAGCUGCUGGAUCAAGUGGUGCCUCCUGCAGGCGAUGACGAGGUAACUGUGGGGAAGUUUUAUGCCACCUUCCUGAUACAGGACUACUUCAGAAAGUUCAAAAGGCGCAAAGAAGAAGGUCUUGUGGGACGGCGGUCAUGGGAGAGGCUGAACACAACCUUGGCCUUACAGCGUAACGGCGGCCUUUUUGGGAACCACGUCAACCACGUUGUUGGGGAUCAGCAAGGGUCUUCCCACCCCACCACUGUCACUCAGCGGCCGCUGCAGAUCCUGCCCUUCUCCUGCAGUGUCUCUAUUGCUGCCACCCAGAUCAGCAGACGAGCCAGCAGCAGCGAUAGGGAGGGAGAGACAGAGAUGAACUCCUCCCCCGUCCAGUGUAACCAUCACCACCACAGCCCUCAUCCGUACGACUACCCUCACUGUAACUCCACCUGUCGCCAGUCGCCAAUACCCUCCAAUGCCAACCUCAACAAUGCCAACGUGCCCUCAUUACUCUCCACUGAGAGGCAGCAGAAAUGUUUGUUACAAAGGAGUCGCCCGUCCUCAACCAGAAAUAGAUCGUCAACCACUUACAGUAAAGGAGUUCACAACAAGCUGUGGAAGUCUCACUCAACAAGGACACGCUACUACGAGGCUUAUAUUAGGUCACAGAUGAGUGGAGGGCUGUACCCCACCAUCCGUCGAGAGGAUCCGGGCUGCGGGGACAGCGAUGACGAGCGGGGAUCAGGAGAGUAUUUCAGCGGGGAGGAAUUUCAUGAGGACGACAUUAUGCUCACAAAGGAGAGAUUGUCCAGUACAGAUUAUCCUGAAGACACAGAGGGAGAUUAUGACCUGUCCAGGGAUGACUGCCAGCCUGACGAUGACAAACGCCCCAUCUGCCAAGACGGCAGGAAGUCACCCAGGAGAUGGUUUCUGUCCUCACCUCAGGCCUGCAACACCCCUACGUUCAGUUUUGAGUGUCUUCGCAGAAGGAGCAGUGGCGACGACGCUCCUUCUUCUCCAUCUUGCACAGCUCUUCCCCUUCACCUGGUCCAGCAACAGGUGAUGGCGGUGGCUGGGUUGGAUGCCAGUAGGCUUCACCGGCUGUCACCGACGAGGUCGAUGCGUUCCUGGGCCACCCCCCCCGCGUCUCCCAUCAGCCGGGACUGCUCGCCCUGCUACACCCCGCUCAUACAGGUGGACUGGCGAGGACCUGGCAGCGUGGGCAGCCUCCCCGGAGCAGUAAAGAGGAGUUCCUGGUACACAGAGGGCCAGGACGGCACCCUCGGGCGCAGCUGCUCACCAUCACAUCUCCAGUUACCAGCAGAAGGCUGCUCGCACCUCCAGCAGAUGAGAGGCAGCGCCAACAGCCUGGUGGAAGCUGUGUUGAUCUCAGAGGGUUUGGGGAAAUUCGCCAGGGACCCCAACUUUGUGUCAGUGGCCAAACAUGAGAUUGCGGACGCUUGUGAGAUGACGAUUGAUGAGAUGGAGAGCGCCGCCAGUAAUCUGCUGAAUGGGAACAUGGCCAAUGGCACCACAGGCGGAGCGGGGAGUCUAAACUCAGACUCACACGCCGUCACACACCAGAGGGACAGCAGCAUGCGGGACUACAGUGACGAGGAGCCGUGUGUGGCUGUGAGAUGUGAGGAGGACCUAACAGACGAGAUGAUAUGCAUCACCUCUCUAUAG